CCCAAAAUAGUUGACAGCAACUGCAAGUCUAACUUCGGCCGGCAAUGGUUUCCAGCAGAAAAAUGAGAGAGCCAAAGAUGAAGCUUCUUCUUCGAGCUCUGCAGCUUCUGCUUCCACUUCUAAUCCUCCACUUCCGUUCCGCCACCUCUGAAAUCUUCUUCGAAGAGCGAUUCGAAGAUGGGUGGAAAAGCCGCUGGGUCUUAUCAGACUGGAAAAGGGCAGAAGGAAAAGCAGGAACGUUCAAGUACACUGCAGGGAAAUGGCCUGGGGAUCCUGAUGAUAAAGGCAUUCAAACAUAUAAUGAUGCCAAGCAUUUUGCCAUAUCUGCUAAAGUACCUGAGUUCAGCAACAAAAAUAGAACUCUAGUUGUCCAGUAUUCGAUUAAAUUUGAGCAAGACAUAGAAUGUGGUGGUGGUUACAUCAAGCUUCUCUCUAGCUAUGUCAAUCAGAAGAAGUUUGGUGGUGAUACCCCGUACAGUUUCAUGUUUGGACCAGAUUUAUGUGGCACACAGACAAAAAAACUCCAUGUUAUACUUUCCUACCAGGGGCAGAAUUAUCCCCUUAAAAAGGAUCUCCAAUGUGAAACAGACAAGUUAACUCAUUUCUAUACAUUUAUUCUUAGGCCUGAUGCAACUUACAGCAUCCUUGUUGAUAAUCGAGAGAGAGAUUCUGGAAGCAUGUAUACAGAUUGGGAUAUCCUUCCUCCAAAAAAAAUAAAGGAUGUGAAUGCAAAAAAGCCAGCUGACUGGGAUGACAAAGAGUAUAUUAAUGACCCUAAUGAAGUCAAACCGGAGGGCUAUGAUUCAAUUCCAUCUGAAAUUCCUGAUCCAGAAGCCAAAGAGCCCGAAGACUGGGAUGAGGAAGAGAAUGGAAUUUGGAGGCGACCAAAGAUCCCAAAUCCAGCGUACAAAGGACCAUGGAAGCGCAAGAAAAUCAAGAACCCCAACUAUAAGGGAAAGUGGAAGACUCCAUGGAUUGAUAACCCGGAGUUUGAGGACGAUCCUGACCUUUAUGUGCUGAAGCCAAUUAAAUAUGUGGGUAUUGAAGUUUGGCAGGUGAAGGCAGGUUCAGUUUUCGACAACAUUUUAAUUUGUGAUGAUCCACAGUAUGCAAAAGAAGUUGUAGAAGAGGUUUUUUCCAAUAGAGACGCUGAGAAAGAAGCUUUUGAGGAAGCAGAGAAGCAGAGGAAAGCUCGAGAAGAAGAGGAGGCUAAAAGAGCGAGAGAGGAAGGUGAAAAAAGGAAGAGGGAGAGGGAUCGUGAGUAUGGCAGGGAUAGGAGGCGCCGUAGAAGGCAUGAUCCCCAUGAUUAUCUGGAUGAUUACCAUGAUGAACUAUGAGGAGGCAGGCACCACCAACAGAUGUUCGCGAUGUGUAUUUCGGCUGUGGGAAACAUUUCUAAUUGUUAGAGAAGCAUGUUUUAUCUCGUCCGUUGGACAUGCCUUGUGUGUUGUACAAUUGUUUAAACAUCAAAAUUAAACCCUUAUUAACUGCCAAUUUUGGGUUCAAAAGAACCAUUAGCAGUAUUUAGUGGUGGAUUGAAAACUAUUGUAUCCGCUGUGUUCUGCAUGCUUAUGGCUCAAAUAUAGACUUGUUGACUUAAA